GCCCCGGUCGGCGCAAGUGCGGCGCGCGCUGGGGGAGGGGGCGCGGCGGAGCGCGAGGCUGGCGUCGGGCCGCCGCGGGAUUAAGUUUCUCAGUCACGCGUGAGUGUCUGUGCGUUUUGAUCCCGAAGCUCCUCGCCGGGCCGUUACUUCAGAAGAGAAGACAGAGAGCGUGGGCGAGGCGAGGCAUCCAGAGGCCCCGGCGACCCCUGCUCCCUAGUCCUCCGCCCCCUCGCGUCCCGGCCCUGGGCGGCCGCCGCGAGCCGGAAAUUGUUACAGUGACCCCAGCCUUCAGCCACCACCCCCUGUCAGUCAGCAGCCGUCAACACAAAGGCAAGACCCUCCUCCACCAGCACGAAGACUACGACUCACUGAAGGCUCAGCUGAUCACUAGCACUUUUUGACAGUAAACUGUUUUUUAAUAAAGAGUUCCAUUUUAAUUGCUGUUAAUCAUUUCAGAGAAGAACACUGGACUUUGAAAAAAAUGUUGGAAGCCAUUGACAAAAAUCGGGCCCUGCAUGCAGCAGAGCGCUUGCAAACCAAGCUGCGAGAACGUGGGGAUGUAGCAAAUGAAGACAAACUGAGCCUUCUGAAGUCAGUCCUGCAGAGCCCUCUCUUCAGUCAGAUUCUGAGCCUUCAGACUUCUGUACAGCAGCUGAAAGACCAGGGAAAUAUUACAACUUCAGCAACUUCAAAUAUUGAAUAUGCCCACGUUCCUCAUCUCAGCCCAGCUGUGAUUCCUACUCUACAAAAUGAAUCGUUUUUAUUAUCCCCAAACAAUGGGAAUCUGGAAGCACUUACAGGAUCUGGUAUUCCACACAUUAAUGGGAAACCUGCUUGUGAUGAAUUUGAUCAUCUUAUCAAAAAUAUGGCCCAGGGUCGCCAUGUAGAAGUUUUUGAGCUGCUCAAACCUCCAUCUGGAGGCCUUGGGUUUAGUGUUGUGGGACUAAGAAGUGAAAACAGAAGAGAGCUGGGAAUAUUUGUACAAGAGAUACAAGAGGGCAGUGUGGCUCAUAGAGAUGGAAGAUUGAAAGAAACUGAUCAAAUUCUUGCUAUCAAUGGACAGGCUCUCGAUCAGACAAUUACACAUCAGCAGGCUAUCAGCAUCCUACAGAAAGCCAAAGAUACCGUCCAGCUUGUUAUUGCCAGAGGCUCGUUGCCUCAGCUUGUCAGCCCCAUAGUUUCCCGUUCUCCAUCCGCAGCCAGCACAAUUUCAGCUCACUCUAAUCCGGUUCAUUGGCAACACGUGGAAACUAUUGAAUUGGUGAAUGAUGGAUCUGGUUUGGGAUUUGGCAUCAUAGGAGGAAAAGCAACUGGUGUGAUAGUAAAAACCAUUCUGCCUGGAGGAGUAGCUGAUCAGCAUGGGCGUUUAUGCAGUGGAGACCACAUUCUAAAGAUUGGUGACACAGAUUUAGCAGGAAUGAGCAGUGAGCAAGUAGCACAAGUCCUUAGGCAAUGUGGAAAUAGAGUUAAGUUGAUGAUUGCAAGAGGUGCCAUAGAAGAACAUACAGCACCCACUGCUUUGGGCAUCACCCUCUCCUCAUCUCCAACUUCAAUGCCAGAGUCACGGGUUGAUGCUUCUACUCAGAAAGGUGAAGAAAGUGAGACAUUUGAUGUAGAACUCACUAAAAAUGUCCAAGGAUUAGGAAUUACCAUUGCUGGCUACAUUGGAGAUAAAAAAUUGGAACCUUCAGGAAUCUUUGUAAAGAGCAUUACAAAAAGCAGUGCCGUUGAGCAUGAUGGAAGAAUCCAAAUUGGAGACCAAAUUAUAGCAGUAGAUGGCACAAACCUUCAGGGUUUUACUAAUCAGCAAGCAGUAGAGGUAUUGCGACACACAGGACAAACUGUGCUCCUGACACUAAUGAGGAGAGGAAUGAAGCAGGAAGCCGAGCUCAUGUCAAGGGAAGACGUCACAAAAGAUGCAGAUUUGUCUCCUGUUAAUGCCAGCAUAAUCAAAGAAAAUUAUGAAAAAGAUGAAGAUUCUUUAUCUUCGAGGAGAAACACCAACAUAUUACCAAUUGAAGAAGAAGGGUAUCCAUUACUGUCAGCUGAGAUAGAAGAAAUAGAAGAUGCACAAAAACAAGAAGCUGCCCUGCUGACAAAAUGGCAAAGGAUUAUGGGAAUUAACUAUGAAAUAGUGGUGGCCCAUGUGAGCAAGUUUAGUGAGAACAGUGGAUUGGGGAUAAGCCUGGAAGCAACAGUGGGACAUCAUUUUAUCCGAUCUGUUCUACCAGAGGGUCCUGUUGGACACAGCGGGAAGCUUUUCAGUGGAGACGAGCUAUUGGAAGUAAAUGGCAUAACUUUACUUGGGGAAAAUCACCAAGAUGUGGUGACUAUCUUAAAAGAACUGCCUAUAGAAGUGACAAUGGUGUGCUGUCGUCGAACUGUGCCCCCCACCACCCAAUCAGAAUUGGAUAGCCUGGACUUAUGUGAUAUUGAGCUAACAGAAAAGCCUCAUGUAGAUCUAGGUGAGUUCAUUGGGUCAUCAGAGACAGAGGAUCCAGUGCUGGCGAUGACUGAUGCGGGUCAGAGUACAGAGGAGGUUCAAGCACCUUUGGCCAUGUGGGAGGCUGGCAUUCAGCACAUAGAGCUGGAGAAAGGGAGCAAAGGACUUGGUUUUAGCAUUUUAGAUUAUCAGGAUCCAAUUGAUCCAGCAAGCACUGUGAUUAUAAUUCGUUCUUUGGUGCCUGGCGGCAUUGCUGAAAAGGAUGGACGACUUCUUCCUGGUGACCGACUCAUGUUUGUAAAUGAUGUUAACUUGGAAAACAGCAGUCUUGAGGAAGCUGUAGAAGCACUGAAGGGAGCACCAUCAGGAACUGUGAGAAUAGGAGUUGCUAAGCCUUUACCCCUUUCACCAGAAGAAGGUUAUGUUUCUGCUAAGGAGGAUUCCUUUCUCUACCCACCACACUCCUGUGAGGAAGAAGGGCUGGCUGACAAACCCCUCUUCAGGGCUGACUUGGCUCUGGUGGGCACAAAUGAUGCUGACUUAGUAGAUGAAUCCACAUUUGAGUCUCAAUACUCUCCUGAAAAUGACAGCAUCUACUCUACUCAAGCCUCUGUUUUAUCUCUUCAUGGCAGUUCUUGUGGUGAUGGCCUGAACUACGGUUCUUCCCUUCCAUCAUCUCCUCCUAAGGAUGUUAUCGAAAAUUCUUGUGAUCCAGUACUUGGUCUGCAUAUGUCUUUGGAGGAACUGUAUACCCAGAAUCUCCUGCAAAGACAGGAUGAGAAUACACCUUCGGUGGACAUAAGUAUGGUGCCUGCUUCUGGCUUUACUAUAAAUGACUACACACCUGCAAAUGCUAUUGAACAACAAUAUGAAUGUGAAAACACAAUAGUGUGGACUGAAUCUCAUUUACCAAGUGAAGUUAUAUCAAGUGCAGAACUUCCUUCUGUGCUACCCGAUUCAGCUGGAAAGGGCUCUGACUACCUGCUUGAACAGAGCUCCCUGGCCUCUAAUGCUGAGUGUGUCAUGCUUCAAAAUGUGUCUAAAGAAUCUUUUGAAAGAACUAUUAAUAUAGCAAAAGGCAAUUCUAGCCUAGGAAUGACAGUUAGUGCUAAUAAAGAUGGCUUGGGGAUGAUUGUUCGAAGCAUUAUUCAUGGAGGUGCCAUUAGUCGAGAUGGCCGGAUUGCCAUUGGGGACUGCAUCUUGUCCAUUAAUGAAGAGUCUACCAUCAGUGUAACCAAUGCCCAGGCACGAGCUAUGUUGAGAAGACAUUCUCUCAUUGGCCCUGACAUAAAAUUUUCUGCAGCACCUGCUGACGAUCGAGCCCCCUUUUAUGUAAUUACUUAUGUGCCUGCAGAACAUUUGGAAGAGUUCAAAAUAAGCUUGGGACAGCAAUCUGGAAGAGUAAUGGCAUUGGAUAUUUUUUCUUCAUGCACUGGCAGAGACAUUCCAGAAUUACCAGAGCGAGAAGAGGGAGAGGGUGAAGAAAGCGAACUUCAAAACACAGCAUAUAGCAAUUGGAAUCAGCCCAGGCGGGUGGAACUCUGGAGAGAACCAAGCAAAUCCUUAGGCAUCAGCAUUGUUGGUGGACGAGGGAUGGGGAGUCGGCUAAGCAACGGAGAAGUGAUGAGGGGCAUUUUCAUCAAACAUGUUCUGGAAGAUAGUCCAGCUGGCAAAAAUGGAACCUUGAAACCUGGAGAUAGAAUCGUAGAGGUGGAUGGAAUGGACCUCAGAGAUGCAAGCCAUGAACAAGCUGUGGAAGCCAUUCGGAAAGCAGGCAACCCUGUAGUCUUUAUGGUACAGAGCAUUAUAAACAGACCAAGGAAAUCCCCUUUGCCUUCCUUGCCGCACAACCUUUACCCUAAGUACAACUUCAGCAGCACUAACCCAUUUGCUGACUCUCUACAAAUCAACGCCGACAAGGCACCCAGUCAGUCAGAGUCAGAGCCAGAGAAGGCUCCAUUGUGCAGUGUGCCCCCGCCCCCUCCUUCAGCCUUUGCAGAAAUGGGUAGUGAUCACACACAGUCAUCUGCAAGCAAAAUCUCACAAGAUGUGGACAAAGAGGAUGAGUUUGGUUACAGCUGGAAAAAUAUCAGAGAGCGUUAUGGAACCCUAACAGGCGAGCUGCAUAUGAUUGAACUGGAGAAAGGUCAUAGUGGUUUGGGCCUAAGUCUUGCUGGGAACAAAGACCGAUCCAGGAUGAGUGUCUUCAUAGUGGGGAUUGAUCCAAAUGGAGCUGCAGGAAAAGAUGGUCGAUUGCAAAUUGCAGAUGAGCUUCUAGAGAUCAAUGGUCAGAUUUUAUAUGGAAGAAGUCAUCAGAAUGCCUCAUCAAUCAUUAAAUGUGCCCCUUCUAAAGUGAAAAUAAUUUUUAUCAGAAAUAAAGAUGCAGUGAAUCAGAUGGCUGUAUGUCCUGGAAAUGCAGUAGAACCUUUGCCUUCUAACUCAGAAAAUCUUCAAAAUAAGGAGACAGAGCCAACUGUUACUACUUCUGAUGCAGCUGUGGACCUCAGUUCAUUUAAAAAUGUGCAACAUCUGGAGCUUCCCAAGGAUCAGGGGGGUUUGGGUAUUGCUAUCAGCGAAGAAGAUACUCUCCGUGGAGUCAUCAUAAAGAGCUUAACAGAGCAUGGGGUAGCAGCCACGGAUGGACGACUCAAAGUCGGAGAUCAGAUAUUGGCUGUAGAUGAUGAAAUUGUUGUUGGUUACCCUGUUGAAAAGUUUAUUAGCCUUCUGAAGACAGCAAAGACAACAGUAAAACUUACCAUCCACGCUGAGAAUCCAGAUUCCCAGGCUGUUCCUUCAGCAGCUGGUGCAGCCAGUGGAGAAAAAAAGAACAGCUCCCAGUCUCUGAUGGUCCCACAGUCUGGCUCCCCGGAACCGGAGUCCAUCCGAAAUACAAGCAGAUCAUCAACACCAGCAAUUUUUGCUUCUGAUCCUGCAACCUGCCCCAUUAUCCCUGGCUGCGAAACAACCAUCGAGAUUUCCAAAGGGCGAACAGGGCUGGGCCUGAGCAUCGUUGGGGGUUCAGACACGCUGCUGGGUGCCAUUAUUAUCCAUGAAGUUUAUGAAGAAGGAGCAGCAUGUAAAGAUGGAAGACUCUGGGCUGGAGAUCAGAUCUUAGAGGUGAAUGGAAUUGACUUGAGAAAGGCCACACAUGAUGAAGCAAUCAAUGUCCUGAGACAGACGCCACAGAGAGUGCGCCUGACACUCUACAGAGAUGAGGCCCCAUACAAAGAGGAGGAAGUGUGUGACACCCUCACUAUUGAGCUGCAGAAGAAGCCGGGAAAAGGCCUAGGAUUAAGUAUUGUUGGUAAAAGAAACGAUACUGGAGUAUUUGUGUCAGACAUUGUCAAAGGAGGAAUUGCAGAUGCCGAUGGAAGACUGAUGCAGGGAGACCAGAUAUUAAUGGUGAAUGGGGAAGACGUUCGUAAUGCCACCCAGGAAGCAGUUGCUGCUUUGCUAAAGUGUUCCCUAGGCACAGUAACCUUGGAAGUUGGAAGAAUCAAAGCUGGUCCAUUCCAUUCAGAGAGGAGGCCAUCUCAAAGCAGCCAGGUGAGUGAAGGCAGCCUGUCAUCUUUCACUUUUCCACUCUGUGGAUCCAGUACAUCUGAGUCACUGGAAAGUAGCUCAAAGAAGAAUGCAUUGGCGUCUGAAAUACAGGGAUUAAGAACAGUUGAAAUAAACAAGGGCCCUACUGACUCACUGGGAAUCAGCAUCGCUGGAGGAGUAGGCAGCCCACUUGGUGAUGUGCCUAUAUUUAUUGCAAUGAUGCACCCAACUGGAGUUGCAGCACAGACCCAAAAACUAAGAGUUGGGGAUAGGAUUGUCACUAUCUGUGGCACAUCCACUGAGGGCAUGACUCACACCCAGGCAGUUAACCUACUGAAAAAUGCAUCUGGUUCCAUUGAAAUGCAGGUGGUUGCUGGAGGAGAUGUGAGUGUGGUCACAGGUCAUCAGCAGGAGCCUGCAAGUUCCAGUCUUUCUUUCACUGGGCUGACGUCAAGCAGUAUAUUUCAGGAUGAUUUAGGACCUCCUCAAUGUAAGUCUAUUACACUAGAGCGAGGACCAGAUGGCUUAGGCUUCAGUAUAGUUGGAGGAUAUGGCAGCCCUCAUGGAGACUUACCCAUUUAUGUUAAAACAGUGUUUGCAAAGGGAGCAGCCUCUGAAGACGGACGUCUGAAAAGGGGCGAUCAGAUCAUUGCCGUCAAUGGGCAGAGUCUAGAAGGAGUCACCCAUGAAGAAGCUGUUGCCAUACUUAAACGGACAAAAGGCACUGUCACUUUGAUGGUUCUCUCUUGAAUUGGCUGCCAGAAUUGAGCCAACCCAACCCCUAGCUCACCUCCUACUGUAAAGAGAAUGGACUGGUCCUGAAAUUUUUUAUGUUGUGUUCAGCCGGGUCUUCAAAACUAUAGGGGGGAAAUAACACUUAAGUUUGUUGUUCUCAUAUAGAAAUGCCUUCCUUACUGACAACCUAACAUCAUUUUUCUUUUCUUCUUGCAUUUUGUGAACUUAAAGUCAAAGAGAAGGAAUAUUUCUGUAGGUGAAUCUCGUUUUUAUUUGUGAAGAUAUCUAAUGUUUUGUAGUCACAUGGGCAAGAAUUAUUACAUGCUAAGCUGGUUAGUAUAAAGAAAGAUAAUUCUAAAGCUAACCGAAGAAAGUGGCUUCAGUAAAUUAGGAUGAAAAAUGAAAAUAUAAAAUAAAGAAGAAAAUCUCGGGGAGUUUAAAAAAAUGCCUCAAUUUGGCAAUCUACCUCCUCUCCCCACCCCAAACUAAAAAAAGAAAAAAAAGUUUUCUAUUCAAAAUCUUUAAAAAUACUGUCAGUGUUUUAUAAUUUUCAACACAGUAUUAUAAAAACAUUGCAUCUCCCCACCUCUAAUAUUCAUAUAUAUUUUUCCUGCUAAAAUUGGUUUCCACAAUUGAGUAAAUGGCAAAUAUAUGAAGCAAUGUCCAUUUUAUAAAGAAAUUAUAUUUAAUGCACAUCUCAAUUUUCAUUUUUAUUUUUGACCUUUUAUAAAAUAUUUUCAUGUUGCUAUAAGUAAAUGAUGAUGCCACCCCAUGUUGACUAUGGUUUUUCUAGAAAGCAGCUAUGCUGCUAACCAUAGAGGAACAUAGAAGGGUUCCAGAAUCUUUAGUGCUGGUUUUAACAACCGAUGCAACAUUAAAAAUGUGUUAGUGUGCUGUGCAAUUGGUUUUCAAUUCGUAUUAAUCUUAAUGACAGAGAACAAUGUGUUACUAAUUGUUUUGGUUGUAUGCCAUUAGUAAAUUGAUAGAAAAAUUAAGGGGAUUAACAUAACUUCAUUUCAUUGCCUUAUAUUAACAUCUUAUAAUACAAUAGUUUAAGACUAAGGGAAACAGAUGGAGCUGUUUAUUGAGACAACUGGUGAGGAAUUAUCAUGUGUUCAUUCCCAUUUUAGACCGUGAAACUCCUACAUUAGAAUAUAUAAAGUCACUUUAAAUAUUAUCUAUAUUUGUAACAGAAGUAGUGUACAGAUAUUUUAUUACAGCAUUUUUGUGUAAAUGCAGAAUUAAAGUGAAUAAAUAAGAAUUUUCAGUGGUGCACAAAUAA